AUGGUCUUUUUCCAGUCACGAGACCGGACUUCCAAACACUACUCCAGCGAGAGUUACGAGGAGUCUCUUCCUGACUGUCCCUACCCUUGGAUCUUCGGUGUUGGUCAUGUUCCUUCAAAAUCCGAAACCUUAACCAACACCAACACGAAGAUUUUCCCCGUUUCUCACACCGAAUAUGUUCGUGAAUCAUCUAGAAAUUCUUAUGUUAUCUGUGCCUACGAUGGCGAUGCUCCUCGAUGGACCAAUACACCCGCCCCGCUUCCUCAGGCAAAUUCCAUUCCACCUGUUAGUGCUUCAUCAUCGUAUGUUCUUUCUUGGUCGUUCAUCAAUACCUCAAUUCACAUGACCUUUGAGCAUGUCGGUUCCAUCAAUCAAUGCGUCCUCGGCGACUCUGUUCCCCUCGGUAACCCUGCUUCGUCAUCAGCAUUGACUAUGCCCAAUUAUGGUGCUUCGUCGUCGAUGUCGGUUCGCCUUCAGUCUGUGCCCCCCGUCGAUAUCAACAUGCACCCUGAUUCUGGAGCUGCACCUUCACCCCUCAGCACCAUCGACGAUUUCGAAGCAGACGAGUCUCUUCCCCCUGUUGCUUCGCAAUCAUCAAAGGCAAAAGGAAAGAAAAAGGCAAAAUUUUGA